GUGGACGUUGGUGGUGUGACGCAGAGCAUGCUUCCGUCUGGAUUGACUUUCAAGGCCGGCGUCCACGGGCAUCCAGUGACAUUCGUGGACACUUCCCAGAUCGAGGACAGCCGGGAGAAGCUGGUGCCUUACUUUGGGAGCCUUUCCCUUCACAACAGGAUGGAGGCGCAGAUUGUCGCGGAGUUGCUACGCAGUUUCGAGGUCGCCGUUGAUGCUCCCAGAGCAUGCGUGCUCUCUGCCUACAAGGCGCAGGAUAGCCUGCUGGCCGAGGUGAUUCAUGGAAGCAGCCCAUCAGAGAGGGCACGGAAGCGUAAGAGUCGGACGAUUACGAUCCGAGAGCAAGGCGUUGACCCUUUGGACAAAGAGCCCCACCCGCGCAUUUUCACAGUGGAUGGCUUCCAGGGGAAUGAGAGCGACUACGUCUUCUACUCAGCUGUGCGUAGCGGAGGCACAGCGACAGGUUUUGUGGGGAAUCCCCAGCGACUCUGCGUCCUGCUCACGCGGGCUCGUCGCGGGCUGAUUGUGGUUGGCAGCCGGCAAACUCUCCAGCAUGCUGAGGAGUGGCAGCACUGGCUGCAAUCUCCGGAGAAGCAAGAGUUCACGCUGGAUGAAGAGCUCGUGGCACGACUUCGGAGGCGAGAGAUUGCGGAAAGGGGGCCACUCUGA